CGCGUCCCGCCCUUCCCCCCUCCCAACUCCACUUCCAUCCGGGAGGAACUUCCACGGUCUCCUCGAGUGUUGGGUUCGGUCAGGUUUGGUCUGACCCAUGGGCCACGGCGCUGGGAAGGACUGCCCGCCGCGGUGCCCGCCUCGCCCCGUAGGCAUCGUGCAGUUCCCGGUGGAGCAGCAAUGAGCUCCAGGGCCACCCCGCGGCUGCUGACGCUGCAGCGACACCUGGGACCCGCAGAGAGCAGUGGCAUGGAUGCAGCCAGCAGCUCACUAACAACACACGUGCUGGAUACCACCUUGGGGCUUCCAGCCCAGGGCCUCUGCCUUCAUUUGUCCCGACUCGAGGACCAUGGCCAACAGUGGAUUGAACUAAGGACAAGCUACACAGACCCAGAUGGCCGUUGCCCCGGGCUCCUGACCCACACCCAGAUGAAGGCAGGCACCUACAAACUCUCCUUUGACACUGAGACCUACUGGAAGAAGAGGGGACAAAAGAGCUUCUACCCAUAUGUGGAGGUCAUUUUCACCGUCACAGAUGAGACCCAGAAGCUCCAUGUGCCUUUGCUGCUGAGCCCAUGGUCCUACACCACCUACCGAGGGAGCUAGCACCAAGGCUGACACCAGGAGAGCAUCUGCUCACCCAGCCCUCAUCAGAGUGGGCUUCACGUUCACCAUGGAGCAUCAUAGUCACCUCCUUCCUAGGGGAGGACCUGCCCACCCCCCAAGCUUUCUAAUGGGCAGCUGUGACUCAAUAAAGUCUAUGCCAGCACCUA